UUCAUCAUCUCAAUUUUUUGCUUGCAAAAAUAUAUAAAAACUAAAAACAUCUCAAAAUCUCCAAAAUGAUAUAUAUUUAAAGCAUUCGUUGGAGAGAUUCGCAGCUCAACAUUUUAAGAUUCGCACAUCUAAAAAAAAAAUAUCUUUAUAAUUAUUUUGUUGUGCUUCAAACGCCAGAAUGGAAAACAUAUUGUUCUAUAUAUGUAUAAGCUUUCUAACGUAUAUCGAAUUUGCGCAUGUCCAUGGCUCAGUGUCACGUGACGUGUGCGCGACACGCUACAAGGAACUACUGGACAGCAUCCCCGAUUCGGCCAGCGCGGCAGAGCGGUGUGAGUACAUGUCUCCGGUGUUUACCUGCCAACUCAGCAUCACGGACGACGGUCAGCCCACGGAGAGGGACAUCGGUGUGGUCAAAGUUCAAGCUAGGGGACAGUGCAACGACACGAUCGAUGCCAUCGUAGAGGCAAACAGGGUCAAUCAAGAUUUUCAGAAGAUGACGUUUAAUCGGGAGGUCUCAUUGAAGUGCUUGGGAUAUUUGAAUGAGAAUGCAAACGACACACUUUCCGAUGACGUCAAAUGCGAGAUUUUGAAAAACUUUUCCAAGUGCAUCAUAAAGACGUAUGGGUCGAGCCGACCCGUAGCGGAUGUGGUAAAGCGCGUCUCAGAAGUGUUAAGUGAUGCAGGAGCGGACUCACCGUCCACGUGUGCGAUUGACCCGGACAUCUUGAUGGACGAAGUGUGGGGGAGGAACCAGGCAGUGACAGUCACGUCUAGUUUCUGGGUCACAGUCACACUUUUGCCAGUAAUAACUUUCAUGAUGUCAUAUUGAGAUUUUUACAUAUGAAUUCAUUCUGUCUGUC